CUCCUUGACAGAUGUGAGGCUCACACGCUCAGGGUGCACGUGUAGUUUUAAAGGAGAUCACGUCCGGUCGACACGCAUCCACUUUGCAGUACGCAGCCACGACCAGCUGAAAGUUUGUCUGUCCCAAGAACUUCGAGCCAGCGCGGCUUUCUCCGGUACUGCGAGCAAGCUGGAUUCACGGAGCUCUUCACCAUGUCUGGCGGGUUUUAGAUACUCCAUGGAGCAAGCAAACCUGUACGAGGUCGCCCCACGACCACCGAUGACCAGCCUUGUACAAAGUCAGCAAAACGCCUACAUCUACAAAGACACCGCAACCACUGGAGACCUGAGCGAAAUCUGCGAGAACGAAAACUCAAUUGACAUCAGCGCGUACAUCGACCCUGCUGCCUUCAACGACGAAUUCCUGGCUGACUUAUUCCAUAACAGCUCCAAACAAGAGAAACUCAAGCUGGCGAGCGGAGACUACGAUUACCCCCACGGCGCCAAUGGCACACCGGGGGCCCAGCAGAUGUACAGCUGUCUGAACAACUACAUGGACUCUUCCAAACUGGAACCGAUCUACGACAAUCCGGCACGAAUGAGACCUGUAGCCAUCAAACAAGAGCCUAGGGAGGAAGAUGAGCUCGGCCACUCGAUGCCACCCACGUACCACCACUCUCAACACCAUCCGCCGCAUCUGUCUUACCUUCAGCAUCAGAUUGCGCACUGUGCGCAAACCACCAUGCAUCUCCAACCGGGACAUCCAACACCUCCACCAACCCCCGUACCCAGCCCGCACCACCAACACAACCACUUGCCGGGGGGCUCCAUGAAAAUGGGCGAGCGGGUAAAAUCCAAAAAACAUUUCGACAAGAACAGCACUGAAUAUCGGCAGAGGAGAGAGCGCAACAACAUCGCUGUGCGCAAGAGCCGGGACAAGGCGAAAAUGCGCAAUGUGGAGACGCAACACAAAGUGAUCGAGCUGUCGUCGGAUAACGAUAGACUGCGCAAGAGGGUGGAACACCUUACACGAGAACUGGAGACGUUACGGGGCAUCUUCAGGCAGCUUCCCGACGGAUCAUUUGUUAAAGCCAUGGGCAACUGCGGCUGACGCGAUCUGGAAGCGGAGUGUGCUGGACUUUUAAAGUUUGUGUGAAUUUACGUCUGCUGGAUAAACCCUGACAGAUUCUGUUUCUAUAGGAGCCUGGCAGCUGCGGUAUUCAUGUGCCUUUUGUACAAAACGAUAAGCUCAUCUCCUCACACAUUUGAACUAUGGACUUUAUAGUUGCUGUAGUAGGUGUAGUCCUGUUAAGAAUGUGCGUUAGCUACGCGAAACAUAUCAGUGCAGCUAAUGGGCAUGAUUUUACCGUAUCUAUUUUAUUGUUACCUGUCUUCAUACGUCAUCUUUUUUAACCUUUCCCCCUGGUUUAUAUACGAACUGCAACUCUUUUUAAAGACAGAACGCAGUGGAAAAACUUUCCUGCCAUUCCAGGUUAUAUUCUCAUCACACCUGUUGCUGCAUAACGUUCACUGUAUGAUAUUGUUGAUUGGGUGGGAGUGGGGUUGUUUAAGAACGGCAAUAAACAGAAUGCCAAAGCGUAUAGGACUGGAACGCAUUCUUUUUACGGUGGUAGUCUAUUUUGUCAUUCAUAAGGCAGAUUGUGUGCACUAUGUCUUGACAAUGCGGCCCGAUGAAGCACAUCGCAUUGAGAACAUUUUGCUAUGAUUCGGGUACUGCUCUGUAAACUGCAUUUCAUUAUACGCAUCAUUGAGUAAAUGCUUUGUAUUUAGGCAAUAUGAUUGAUAAAAAUGUGAAAGGGUGCAUAUCUAUGCAAUGUCUGUUGCUGUCAUUAGAAUGAUUCCGGUGGAAGAUCACCGUGUGCUCUCACUGAUUUUACAGUGAGGUCCUGUAUUGCUCUGUGUGUGCAUUUCAUGUGAACUGUUUAUUUUUUUGUACAAGAACACACGAGCACGAGUCCGGUUUCAGUGCCUUUUGAUUUUUCCUGUCUUUUUCGUCACCACUGACUGAACAUUUGGAUAGAAAUAUCCAAGCAAGGAAAAGGAAGCACUUUUUUAUUUUCCAGACGGCAUAUUGAAAAUGUUGUAGAACUGUUUAAGUACGUUUCAGUUUUAAAAUGAACAUUAUAUAUAAAUAUAUAUAUAUAUGCCACAAAUUAUGAAUUAAAAACAUUGUCUUACUUA